UCUGUCUCUGCACCCUACAGUCUCUCCCUGCGCAUUCUGUGCUCGUUGUGUCUGGCCCAACGCUCUUUGCCUCGGCGCCCAUCCGCAAUCUCACUCCCAGCCGGCGAGAAGAGCCCCAUCCCUGCCCCCCGCUCCAUUAUUAGACCACGCCGGCGACUACGCGUCCUCCUUCUGCAUUCGCUUGAAUCUUGUCCUCGGCCUUCGAACAGCAAUUUUCCAUCUGGCUUUUUUCCAGUCUAGUCAUUGAAGGGCAUUCUACCUUUUGAUUCCCGCUUCUCGCUACCUCGGCGCUUUUGCGAUCCUACUGGCACCCGCUCCGCUGGUUCAUGACGACCCGAACCCUUGCUUGGCCGCACAUCCUCCGCUUGCGCCUCGUUGUCAUUGUCAUAUCAGCCUUUCAUAUUUAAUACUAUCCAUACUGGUGGUGGCUACUUCUCUGCUGCUGGACCGUGGCGCGCUCCCUCCCCCAAACCCUAGCACGAGCGGCGCCGACUGCCGCUAUCCUGAAGCUUUUCGUCCAACAUGUCUCUACAUGCCUCAUAUCACGCCGAUUCUGACGCAGACGACGAGUAUGAGCGCAGCGUGAUAACAUCUCCCCGGCUGAAUACGGAUUCGGAGACCUCCUCUACGCACUCGGAACCUCACUCGGCAGAGCCCACACCGACUACAACUUUGCUAGGCACAGACGAACGCCGGCCCCUGAAGAAGACAAUUACGCAAUGGACGGCAAAUGACACUGCGGAUUUCAUUACGAGUCUUGGUCUUCGGCAGUACUGCGAUAGGUUCGUAGGUGAGUGCGCCCAUUUCCCUGUGGCCGGCCCAACAUCCUCUGACUUGGGGUCCCAAUCGCAGAAAAUGACAUUGUCGGGGAAGCUCUUAUCGCCCUAAAACAUGAUGAGCUGAAGGAAAUGGGAAUCACCAGCGUAGGACAUCGGUUGACCAUCUUGAAGAGUGUGUACGAAAUCAAAGUCAAACAAGAUAUCCCAAUAGACCCGGACCAUUAUAUCCCCCUAACUGCUGACCAAACCAUGAAUGAAAAUGCGACGCAAGAGGACGUCUCUCGCCUGAUUCAGUCUCUCAAGCUACGAGACGAGAGGAUCGUUGCUGUAGAGGCUGAGCUGCGUCGAGUGGCGGACGACUAUCGGCGACUCCGCGAAGAACUCCUUCCUGUCUUCAAGAUGGCAAAGGAUAGGUUGCAGCCACUUCCUCCUCCAGAUGGGCACGGCUACGACGGCCAACCACUUCCAUCUCCUUCACAACUCAAUAUGCUAGACCGCAAUCCGUCGGUGAUAUCUCGAUCUUUCUCAAAACGAGUUUAUACGGGGAAUACAACGCCAAAGACCAGCUCCCCUACUCAUGUUCCACCCACCUUUAGUGACGGGAGACUCUACAAUGAUGGCACGCUAGACCCCUCUUCCGCCUCAUCUCAUCUCACUGCCUUGAAUGGAGGCUCUCAGAUAUCACCGGGAAUGCCGUCCCCGACUUCUCCCGGUGGCCAUCACAACCAGCAAACCCUCGCAUCCCGAUCUUACGUCCAACCGAAUUCCGCUAACCGUAAUACCUACGACCACUCAGAUGACAUGCCUGGCGUGCAAUCUCGGUCAGAUCGAUCGGCGCAAAUACCCCGGUCCGACCUUCCAUCGCGACUAGACUCCAGAGCUGGCAAUGACCCCAACCAACGUGUGGAAAUAUUCAAGUCGUUCCGAGUAUCCAUGGAAGAUCCGUGCCAUAAAGUUCUUCCGGCGGCUCUCAAAAAGUACAACAUCCACGGAGACUGGAGACAAUACGCCUUGUAUAUCGUACAUGGGGACCAAGAACGAUGUUUGGGACUGGAUGAGCGGCCGCUGAUCCUCUUCAAACAGCUGGAGAAAGAAGGCCGGAAGCCCAUGUUUAUGUUGCGAAAACACAUGUACUCUGUCGAUGGUUCGGUGUAUCCAAAUGCAGGAUCCAUGCCCAACAGUGUCACAUUUGACAGUACGAGGACAGGUCAGGGACAGAUCAACCUACCGGGCGGAGUUUUAUAACGGCGUUUUGUGUGUUCUGUCUAUGUUUGUUGAAGAGAGGUCAGGGGAUGGUAUUUUGCCCUCUUUUUCUUGUGUCUUUCUUAACCUCCAUACAGGUGUUGGGGAACGGAUUUGGGUUGGUUACUGGGACAGGAAUCAGCGAUGGCCAUAUUCUCAAAGCAUGUUACUGCGAACGUUUUUUUGACUACUUCACUAUGUACUGUUCGUUCUUGGUUCGGUGGCAUCGGAUGCUGUGCAUUCUCACUAUUUGUCCGGUGGACUCUGCUAUAUAUGCAUGGUCUUUGUUUUUGUCGUGUCUGUACUGUGUAGACUCCAACAAGAUCAUCCUUUGAGUGCUGUCAUAGUCUAAGCAUUCCUAUUGUUUUUUCAGCUCAACCACC